AUGCUGCCGCCUCUCGUGAAGUCCCAUUUCAACAAGCGCUGCGUGGGCAUCGAAUCUGGCGCUACGGCGGCCGACCGUGUUCUCUUGCGCUUCUCGGAUGGUAGCACGCACGAAGCAGAUGUCGUCUUGGGAGCGGAUGGAAUCAAGAGCACCGUUCGCAUGAAGGUGUUUGGCGCGAAGGGCGAUCGCCUCGUGGACACAGGAACGCGCGCGUACAGAGGUCUUAUCCCUGCUCAGCGCUUGAGAGACGCAGGUAUCAAGGACGAGAUGCUAAGACCAUGGCCGCGAGGUUGGUUGGGAAAAGACCAGGUGCGCCCUCUACAAGCGCGUACUAUCAAGAGUGCGCUGACGUGGCUUCCUGCGAAGCACAUCAUCAGCUACCCCAUCCAAGACGGAUCCAUACACAACGUCGUCGCCUUCUCAACCGACUUCGCCAAUGCAGUGGUUCCUCCGGGUCCCCAAUCGUCAUGGACGACAUGGGUAACGCCCGUGACGCGUCAAGAGACGCUGGAAGAGUUCAAGAACUUCGGCUGUGACGCGCGCACGAUGCUUCAGUGCAUCGAAGCUCCGAGCAAAUGGGCCGUCCACGGCUUGUACCCACCGCUCGAAACAUACGUCGCUGCUGUCGGAGAAGGGGAGAGGCUCAAUGUUGCUCUUAUCGGUGACGCCGCACACGCAAUGUUGCCCCAUCUCGGCUCGGGCGCGGGUACCGGGAUCGAGGAUGCAUACGUAUUGGCGAGCUUACUUGGGCACCCGCAAACGAGGCGGAGUAACCUAUCUGUGCGUCAUGACCCUCUGUAUCGGAACAUCCGUUACUGA